UACACUCCCUAACUGCAGCUAGUACAGCAGGUCUACUCAGUUGGUUUCUAUCAAGGACGUAGUUUGGUGACCUGUUGGACACAUACUUAGAUAUUUUGCUAAAUGUGUACUUGCACUGUAUUGGUUGGAUGUUGUAACUUGGGAUAACUAUGAAUGUUCAGCUGGGUGGUGAAAGUGGUUCCCCAGCCCCCUGAACCCCCUGGGAUUUUAGAAAAUUCAGAAAAACCUAAUGAACCUCCGCCAGCCUCAGAGAAGAAAGUAUCUUUUAAGGAAGAAAAGAAACAAGAAGCUUCAAAGCCUGCCAAGCCAAAAGAGGAGGAGCAGGUGUCAGAGGAAAAUAGUCAGAGUGGAGUUCUGACUUGGAUCUCUCACGGCUUUGUCAACGCCCUCCCCCAGCCAGCCGGAACACCCAGACUUGGCCGGGCCAAUGCAGAGACCAAGGAUGACACUGCAGUGAGCAGUAAGACUGAUGAAGAACAAGGGCCAGGAGUCAUUGGAUGGAUCGUCCAGGAGUUGGGCAAAGUGGUUCCACAGCCGGAUGAGAAAUACAAGGAGGGGGCAGAGCCAGAGGAGACCACAGAGAUUGCAGAGGUGAGCAAGGUGCCGGAGGUUAAGACAGAAGUGCAUGAUAUUAAAGAUGUUCCAGAUGCAGAGCCACUUCCUCACAUCCCUGUGGUGGAGCUUGUCUCUGACGAAGAGCCUGAUGACAAUAACAAGCCCUUCCCACCAAGGGUAAUUGACUGGAUAAAGCAUGGCAUUGAGAAGGUGAUUCCUCAGCCAGAGAUAUACAUCACAACCAACACAGAAAGCCAGGUGAAAAAAGAGAAGAUAGACUCAUGCCCACAGAAAGUGAUUGCUCCACCACCUGAGCCCCCCAAACUAGUAGAGGAAGAGGUCAAAGGAGAAAAUGUGGUGGGCUGGAUCGUUCAGGGCCUGGGGCGUAUACUGCCACAGCCAGUCCCCAAGACCAAUGGAGAUGGCUGUGAGGAUGUGCAGAACAUCUGCAUACUGCAAGACCCAACAGACAUGGUUCUGGAAGAGGUGGAUGCCAACUGGGUAAUGGAGAACCAGGAUGCACCCAGUUGUCAGAUCCAGCAUCCCCUCCCCUCCCUGAUGCCAGAGGUGAUGGCCAUGCAGGCUGAAGAUGCAGAGACCCAGACAGAGAGAUGGACUCCCCUGAUGGAGAACAUUAAGAAGGAGGCUGAGCAAACAGUCUUAGCUCAAGUGGAGGAGAGGCUGCAGCAGGAGCGUUUGGAGGCGGCACGGCUGGCUGAAGAGGUGACCAGACAGGCAGCAGAGCUGGCAAUCCGACAGCUGGAGGAGGAGCAGGCUGCCAAUAGGGCCACAGGCACACAGCAGGAGGCUGACGGAGAGCAAUUGCACAAUAUCCAGGAGGAAGAGAACGAGGAAGACCCAGAGUUGCAGAUGCUCCGGGAGGAGAGCGACGAGAGCGCAGAGAAUAAAAGUCCUGAGGAAAUUAAAACUCCUGCUAAGACUAAAGUAGUGGAGGUUACUAUAGUGGAGGAGAUUAACAACAGCAUAUAUAUUCCUACUGCACAGGAAAAUAGGAGUUCUAAAGAAAAUGAGAUUACAGAGGAUAUUACUGUUAUUGAGGAAGUCAUGACUACUGAAGAGAAGCAGAACAGCAAAGCAAGAGACAACAUCAUGACAUUGAAUGAAUGUAAUAUAGAUCACAACAAAAAUAAUGCCGCCCAACAAAGAAAAGAAGUGACAGAGGGUCAUAUUUCUGAAAAGACUAAAAUUAUAGAACAGGUUAAAGUGGACAUGGAUGUCAAAAUAACAGAUGUUACUGUCAUUGAGGAAAUACCUAACAAUGAAGUCAGUAUGACCGCACAGGACAGUGAGAGACCUGAGAAUGUUCAGAUACCAGAGGAAGUUACACUGAUGGAGGACUGUGAGAGUGCAGAAGAUAAUGAAGCAACUGAGGAAAAACAAGUAACAGUAAUUAAAAUAAAUCCAGAGAAAAGUAAAACAACAGAGGACAUUUUGAUUAUCAAGGGUAUAGAAAACACAGAAGGAAUUAAAGAAAUACAUGAAAACAUUUCUAAAGAAAGCUUCAUGAAGGAAGACAAAAAUGUUUCCUACCAAGAUAAAAACAUUAUUGAAGAGAAAAAUAUAAAGGCGAAUAACAAAACAGAGAUUGUCGUUUUUGCCAGUAAGAUAUCUGAGGUUGACAAUGAGAUAAAGACUGAGAAUAAACUAAAAAUGGAUGAGGAAAACAGUUUUAUGAGUAACAAAGACAGUACAAGAACUACCAUUGUAGACAAAGAAGACUGGACAUCUCAGAUAUCUGAGCAGACGAGAAGCUCAGAAGUGCAAAUAAUACAGGAGGUUACUGCAAUUGGAGAAAUCAAAACAGUGGAGAAUACAAACGUACAAGACCUCAGUGUAAUUGAGGAAAGGAAAAGCACAAUAAAUAAAGAAACAGAAGAAAACAAAAGUAUUGAGGACAAUAAAAUAACCAAGAUGAUAUUUAGUGAGGAGAGUCAGAGCAUUGAAGACAGUAUCUUACAGCAGGAGAAUAAAAGUAUUGAGCGAAGUAAGAUAUUGGAGUUGACAACAGUUAGCAAAAAUAUUGAGGAAUAUUCAGCAAUACAGGCCAAGAAGUUAUCUAAUAAGACCAAAGAUUAUGACAAAAUGGUAUCUGCAGAGGAAAUAAGUGAAGAAUGUAAGGCAACUGAUCAGGAUAAGAUAAAAGAGAAGGCUGCUUUAAUUAAGGGAUGUCAAACUCAGGAGAACAUUACUGCACAGGAGAACAUAGUCCAGGAAAACCAACAAGAUGCAGAGAAGGCUGUGUUUACAAAAAAUGUGAUUGUUUUGGCACGGAUAAAAGACAAAAGUCCAGUACCUGAGGACAUAAUCAUAAACAACAGUGAAGAGGGCACAACUAAACAGGAGAAAACAUUUUCAAUGGAAAGCAAUGUAGAAAACAUCAAACAAUACCCAAUUCAGGAUAAUAUUGAAAUGGAAUGGAGUAAAAUAUCGGAGGUGAAAGUAAACAGAAGAGUGAAUGGGAGACCUUCAGAGAGUCAGAGAACAGGAAUGGCUGCAGUUGAACAGGACCAAACUAUGAGCAAUGAAGACAAUGCGGAGAACAUUGAGGACAAAGUUCUCACUGAAGAGCAUAAGAAUUCUGGGGAGACUUGUGUGAUUGAGGACCAUACCAGCCCUGGAGAGAAUAAGCUAACUGAAGCAGACCUCAAAAGGUGCCUGGUGGAUGUGUGUCCAGCUGGGGGGUUACCCUGCCCUACCCGGGCUCAACUGGUGGCUGACUCCCAGUCAGAUGAAGAAAGCCCCCUGCCAGACCAAAGCAGCCCUAAAUCUCCCCCAAGGCAGGACUCUCCUGAACCAGAGCCUGCCCAAGAACCGCCCAAAAAAGUAUCUUCCCCAGCAACAGAGGUGCAGCCUGCUCCGGCAGUGACCAGUCAGCCACAGACAGAAGAUCCAGAAGCUCCACCAACUGCUCAGGAAGAGGAACCAGCAGAGGAAGGAGGAUGUGAAGUCCUGCUGCAUCAUAAAGAGCUACAGCUAUCUGACCACUGCUCAGAGGGAGGCCACAGGACAAGCAAUGGAAAUGGGAACACUGUUUCUCCAGCUGUGAAAGUGGAUGUAGACAAAGAGGUUAGGGUGGGAAAGAGCCUACACAUCCCCCAGAUCAUCACACCUCAGGAUCCCCAGCCCAAAACCCUGACUGUGCCUCCUGUCACCCUUUUAAAGCACAGUGCCUCGCCCACACUUAAACUCCACCCAGAAGAGGCAGGUGCCGCUGGUGAGAACGAUGAGAUGAAGGACAGUGUUAAGGCCCCGGCCGGCCUGCCCAACCUACUGACGGCAGAAGAAGAGCUACGCCCAGGGUCUGCAGCCAGUUAUACCAGUGCUGUGGUCCAUGAGAGACUUGCUGAGCUGCUCAAGCUGUUCAAAGAAAGAACUGAACGGCAAAAGGACAGGCUUGUUGACCCGGAUGAGUCAGAUGACGAAAGUCCGACAGCCUCUCCAGCCAAGGCCCCCCCUCCUCCCCCUCCCCCACCACCUAAGGAGGAGAAGGAUGCCCCAGUGGAGGAAAAGGAAGAGAAGGAGGAGCAGUUCUAUGACUUCUUUGGAUACCCCAUUAAAAUCCACAAACUGCCCAAUAUGCCCUCUCUCCCUGGCUGGCUCCGCAUGAUAGUGGACUAUCGCUUCCCCUCCAGCAUUGAUCCCUAUACUGACCUGAUAUACGUGAUGUGGCUGUUCUUGGUGAUGCUGGCAUGGAACUGGAACGUGUGGCUGAUCCCAGUCCGCUGGGCGUUCCCAUACCAGACCUCGGAGAACAUAUACUGGUGGCUGCUGAUAGACUACACCUGUGACUUCAUUUACAUUCUUGACAUUGUUGUCUUCCAGCCUAGAUUACAGUUUGUACGUGGAGGAGAUAUUGUGUGUGAAAAAAAGGACAUGAGAGAAAAUUACAUGACAACUGAAAGAUUUAAGAUGGACAUAAUCAGUCUGUUACCUCUGGAGAUAUUUUACAUAAAAACUGGAGUCAACUCGCUGCUGAGAUUUCCACGCUUAUUAAAGUACAUGGCGUUCUUUGAAUUUAACGACCGCCUGGAAGCAGUGAUGAGUAAAGCCUACAUCUACAGGGUGAUCCGUACCACUGCUUACCUACUCUAUUCUCUGCAUAUUAAUGCCUGUCUGUUUUACUGGGGAUCGGACUACGAAGGAUUGGGCUCCACCAAAUGGGUGUAUGAUGGCAAAGGGAACAGUUAUAUACGCUGCUACUACUUUGCUGUGAAGACCCUGAUCACUAUUGGUGGUCUGCCAGACCCUACCACAGUCUUUGAAAUCUGCUUCCAGUUACUCAACUACUUUGUUGGUGUCUUCGCAUUCUCUAUUAUGAUCGGUCAGAUGAGAGAUGUAGUGGGAGCUGCCACAGCAGGGGAGAACUACUACCGGUCCUGCAUGGACAGCACCACCAAGUACAUGACCUCCUACCGCAUCCCCAAAGAAGUCCAGAACCGGGUGAAGACCUGGUAUGACUACACCUGGAAGAUCCAAGGCAUGCUAGAUGAGCAAGAGCUGUUGAUCCAGCUGCCUGACAAAAUGCGUCUGGACAUUGCAGUGGAUGUCAACUACAGCAUUGUCAGUAAAGUGGCCCUGUUUCAGGGCUGUGACAGACAGAUGAUAUUUGACAUGCUGAAAAGACUGAAGUCUGUUGUUUACCUGCCAGGCGACUUUGUCUGUAAAAAGGGGGAGAUCGGCAGAGAGAUGUACAUAAUCAAGCAAGGGGAGGUACAGGUGGUUGGAGGGCCUGAUGGGACCACUGUGUUUGUGACGCUCAGGGCUGGCUCUGUGUUUGGAGAGAUCAGCUUGCUGGCUGGGGGUGGAGGGAAUAGACGUACAGCAAACGUGAAGGCUCAUGGAUUUGCAAAUCUCUUCAUUCUGGACAAGAAAGACUUGGCAGAUAUCCUUGUGCACUACCCGGAGUCCCAGAAAAUCCUCCGCAAGAAGGCCAAGUGAGGGGGAGCCAUCCUCCCUAACCCUGCCUUGCUGGGCUUGGCCAUUGGAGAGGGUUGGGGGUGGGUGGGAACCAUGGCUGUGCUAGUGGGGCUGGGGGCUGGACAUGGAUACAGACAUACACAAUGAACAUACAAACUACAUUCACAAUACUGCCUCGAUAGCGCUU